AAAAGGAAAAAAAAAGAACAAAAACUACGAAUGAAAAGUGAUUUCGGAGAGAAAAAUUGAAGCCUUUUCAUGUGAUUUUGUGAAUUUGUGUUUGUGAAAAAUUCAUCGUAGACUGUGUUUGUAUAGUGUUUUUGGUGCAAAGUUCCCAAAAAAACGUACCGCUUGGUAGUAAUAUGAGUAAUGUUACCAACCAAAAUGGAACAGGUCUAGAGCAGCAGCUUGCUGGUCUGGACUUGCAGCCUCAGGCUCCUAAGAGUGCUGGCCGCUACAUCCCCCCUCAUCUGCGUAGGCAGUUGCAGGCCAACACCAAUCAAGGUCGUGAUCCGGGGUAUCAAAAUGGAGACUCAGAUCGCUGGUCUGAAUCUGAGGGUGGGGGCAGCAGGUGGAGCGAACGAUCGGAUCGCGGCGGGAGCGGAAGACCCCGCGAGCGGGAACGACGUGAAGAGGAAUUCACCGAGCCGCCGCAGCCGCGCAAUGACCGUUGGAAGGAGCCGGAGCCGCGUGUCGAGGAACGCAGUAAUACUCGCUGGGCGUCUGAUGACGUGCGUCGCACGAGCACCCGUGGUAGGGACGAGAAUGACUGGACGAUCCCGUUACCUCGCGACGAGCGGCAGGAGUUGGAGCUGUUUGGCACUGGCAACACGGGCAUCAACUUCUCCAAAUACGAGGAUAUACCGGUUGAGGCCAGCGGCGACCGCGUACCGGACUUUAUUACCAGCUUCGAGCAGGUUAACCUGACGGAAUUAAUGCGCACGAAUAUCGCACUCGCUCGGUAUGACAAACCGACGCCUGUGCAGAAGUACGCGAUCCCCAUUGUGUUGGGCCGCAGGGACGUGAUGGCGUGCGCCCAGACCGGCUCGGGCAAGACGGCCGCUUUCCUUGUGCCCAUACUCAACCAGAUGUACGAAGCUGGACCUGUCAAGAUGGGGCCCUAUAAUAGACGCAAACAGUACCCCCUUGGGUUGGUGUUGGCUCCUACUCGAGAACUCGCAACCCAGAUAUAUGAUGAGGCUAGAAAGUUCGCCUAUCGCUCCCGUGUUCGACCCUGUGUCGUUUACGGCGGCUCCCCAAUACACGAACAAUUCCGCGAACUGGAACGCGGCUGCCACCUGCUAGUUGCGACGCCCGGUCGCCUAGUGGACCAUUUGGCCCGCGGCCGCGUGGCACUGGACCAUUGUCGUCACUUGGUACUAGACGAGGCCGAUCGGAUGCUGGACAUGGGUUUCGAGCCGCAGAUCCGAAAGAUCGUCGAGUGUUACACUAUGCCGAAGACGGGCGAGCGGCAGACACUCAUGUUCUCCGCUACCUUCCCCAAGCAGAUACAAGUGUUGGCGCAGGAUUUCCUGCAUAAUUACGUGUUUUUGGCCGUUGGACGUGUCGGCUCCACUUCUGAGAAUAUCACACAAAAGGUUGUGUGGGUGGAAGAAAUGGACAAACGUUCAUUCUUAUUGGAUCUUCUAAAUGCUUCCAAUCUCCUUCAGCGCUCUAGUCCCGAAGAGGACCAACUUAUACUUGUCUUUGUUGAGACAAGAAAGGGCGCUGACCAGUUGGAAGAGUACCUGGACACGCAAGGUUACCCAGUGACGUCGAUCCACGGCGACCGUACACAGCGCGAGCGAGAAGAAGCACUACGCCGCUUCCGCUCGGGACAAACGCCCAUACUUGUGGCAACGGCUGUUGCUGCUAGAGGUCUGGACAUUCCUCACGUUCGGCACGUAAUAAAUUUCGAUUUGCCUUCGGACGUGGAGGAGUAUGUGCACCGUAUCGGUCGUACCGGACGUAUGGGCAAUCUGGGCGUUGCCACGUCAUUCUUCAACGAUACCAAUCGCGGCCUCGCCAGAGAUCUAGUUGAGCUGCUCGUCGAAGCCAAACAAGAUGUGCCCAAGUGAGUACUAUGCACUCGAACAUAAUAGGCCUGUGUAAAAAAAAAAUUGUCUUUUUUCACUUAAACUCAAAAUUUCUCAGAUAAUAUAUAUUAAAAGUUAUGGCGUGUAGAAUAUAGAAAUUAUGCAAAGGUCUUGAAAUAUUUCAACUAAAUGUAAUGCCGUUAUUUAUUGAUUACGC